AUGGCGGCGGGCAGCUCGGGCGCCAGCAUGGACUGGCGGGGCUCCCCUGGACGGCCCUCAGCAUUGUCCCAGGACUUCCUCGGCCUGUGCCAGGUGGGCAAGUCACUAUUUGAACACAGAGGCUUCCAAGGUUUUGAUUCUUUCCACAAAAGCGCAGCAUUCACCAUCCCCUCCCUGAAACAGCGGUACCCGAGGCACUCCACAGGCAGGGCCGAGCUGGGCGAGGGGGAUCUCAGCCUCUGCACGGGCCGCUCUGAGCGGCGGGGACGCAGGAAGAGGUCGCCGGCUCCACCCGCCCCUACCCCAGACGCGGGACCUGCGGCCAGCGAGGACCUGGAGCCCCCGCCCCACGGCUGCCAGGAGGCGGACAGGAGCAGUUCCUGGGGGGCUACCGCCCCGAGACCGUUCUGCCAGAACUUGAGCGACUUGGCAAGGGGCAGCGCCCCGCCCCUGAAGAGGAGCCUGUGUCCUAAAGGCAGCAGCCUGGGAGCUCCUCCGAGGAGGACACGGCAGAGGCGAGUGACUCUGGCGGCGCAGCGCUGGCUUUCCCGUCCGCGGAGGAGGAGAGCUGCGGGGCUGGGUGAGCUGGACCCAGCAGCACGGCUGACUGCUCUCAGCCUCCGAUGGGGAGUGGACAGCUUAGGGGGUUGCCCCCGUGCCAGCCGGCCUGUUGGCCACGCUGGGCUUCAUCACCUCCUCACUUGCCCACAGCGCCUAGCACUGCAGGCUGGAGCUUCUGGCCAUGCUGGUCAACUUCCCCAAGGAGCCUCCGCUGCCUGGGAACAGCAAGGCCAGGACGAGCAGGGCUACACCGCCCUGCACUUGGCAGCCAUGUACCUUGGAGAUGGUGAAGCUGCUAGUGGGGACCUAGGACGCCAAUGUGGACAUCAGGGACUACAUUGGGAAAAGGGCCUCCCAGUAUGUGAGUCAGAGCAUCACAGAGAUCGAGACCCUGGUGGGAGUCCUGGACGAGGACGACGGGGAGAACACCGCCAGCAGCGAGGGUGGGUACUGGAAGAUUUAAAAGGUGCCCCCUCCAUCUCGUCACCUACAAACUCCCACACGUCCUGGAAGAUGGGGGUCCCUCUUCACCAUCACCACUUGGCUGAAGGUGGUCCAGACGCGAAGCCAAGGAUUCCAGGGCGCACAGCCUCGGGCAGGACUAAUGGACUUAAAAAACACAGGCUCAACAAAAUCCACUUCACAACCCAGGUGGUUCACAUCACACCCUCUUUCAGGGACCCAGAGCAGCCACUGGAAGAGGAGGAGUAGGAACGCUCUCUUAAAGGCUACUUAUUCUAUUCCUUCAAAUUAAGACCAAAGCCCAAUGUAUUUAGGUAAAAAUAAUUUCUUUUAGAAAAUGCUAAGGUUUGUCUUCUGAAAUUUAAUAACAAAAAAAGAACACUAGAUGUCAGUAAGGAAGUGAGACCAGAAAAGACAAACUAAAUUAUCCUUACUAGGUUGGAAUGAAUGGGGUGGAGUUCCCAUCAGGCUAGCAUUCUGGGCAAAGUGUUUUUUUCUGGGGGGGAGGGGGAAUGGAGUCUCGCUCUGUCACCCAGGCUGGAGUGCAGUGGCGCCAUCUCCACUCACUGCAAGCUCUGCCCCUCGGGUUCAUGCCAUUCUCAUGCCCCAGCCUCCGAGUAGCUGGUACUAUAGGCGCCCGCCAUCACGCCGAGCUCUUUUGGUAUUUUUAGUAGAGACGGGGUUUCACCGUGUUCACCAGGAUGGUCUCGAUUCCUGACCUCGUGAUCCGCCCAUCUCGGCCUCCCAAAGUGCUGGGAUUACAGGCGUGAGCCACCGCGCCCGGCCGGAUUUCUUUUUAAGAGAUUCAUCAUACCUGUGCCCCAUUUCCCUCCUCCACCUGUCUGACCUGGCGUCCCUAUUUCGGGAGACCAGAAGUGGGGGGAAGAGAAGGGAUGACUGUUUCUUUGCUUUCACCAUUCCUGGAUGCCAUGCAAAGGAAGGAAUAUUGCACUUUUAUGUAUCUGUUUUAUUAAGUGGUUACUCUUCCAAGGACAAAAACAAAAUGCAAAUUGUUAUGAAACUGGUAGUAUUUGUAAGUGCAAGUACUACUGGUAGUAUUUGUAAGUGCAAGUACUACAUGCUGCCUUGUUCUUUUACCAAUUGCAUUUGCAUUUUAAGGUACUACUGGUACAGCCAUGGUUGAGAACAGUUUGGAGUUUCCUCUAAACACUGAAAAUAGAGGUAUCACAUGAUCUAGCAAUCCCACUGUUGGGUAUAUACCCCAAAAAUAGGAAAUGAGUAUAUCGAAGAAAUUAUCUGCACUCCCAUGUUGGUUGCACCACUGUUAACAAUAGCUAAGAUUUGGAAGCAACCUAAGUGUCCAUCAAUAACUUAAUGUAUUAAAGAAAAUCUGGUAGAUACACACAGUGGAGUAUUAUUCGGCCCUAAAAAAGAAUGAGAUUCAGUCAUUUGCAACAACAUGGAAGGAACUGGAGAUAAUUAUGUUAAGGGAAAUAAGCCAAGCACGGAAAGGCAGACAUUGCAUGUUCUCACUUGUUUGUGGGAUCUAAAAAUCAAAACAAUUGAACUCAUGGACAUAGUAAGUACUAGGGAGCUGGGGGGGGGGGGGGGGAAGGCAGGGGAUGGGUAACGGGUACAAAAAUAGGCAGAAGGAAUGAAUAAGACAUACUAUUUGAUAACACAACAGGGGGACUCUAGUCAAUAAUUGUUCAUUUAAAAAUAACUAAAAGAAUGUAAUUGGAUUGUAACACAAAGGAUAUGUGCUUGAAGGGAUGGAUACCCCACUCUCCAUGAUGUGAUUAGUUCACACUGCAUGCCUGUAUCAAAACAUCUCAUGCACCCCAUAAAUAUAUAUGCCUAUUAUAUACUCACAAAAAUGUUUGAAAAUAAAAAUAAAGGAACUACUGAAGGUUAGGUCAGAGUCGAAAUGCAAAAAUACUAAUCAGAGAAUAAUGUGAAUACAACAGGAAUCCUGUUGCUGUUCUACAUGUAUUGUAAGCAGCAGUUCAAUUGUUUUGUCAAAGCAAUUUCAAUUUUAAUCACUGAGCUAAAGAAAUGGGCAACACUGACUUCCGUAAUAUAGGUUCCACCUAACCAUCUCUAACACCGCUGUCAAGGAGAACCAGUGUUAGGGUACAUUAUUAACAGCCACACAAAUUUUUAAAAGAAAAGAACACUCUUAGCAGCCUAUGGUACUUUUAAAUGAAAUAUUGCCUCUCAUUCUAAUUCUCACUUGUGUUGCCAUUCUAAAAGUUUGAAUUUGCUGAGGGUUUUAUUCUGGGUAUUAUAUAACCAUUGGUUCUACUUGGCAUAACCCUACUAAAUGGUGCUUAGAGCUGAAUUACCUACAGAAACUUUCUGGUUUACUUAGCAUAAAUAUUAGCGAGCCCAUACUUCUGUGAUAUAAUUAUUAAACCAACUUAAUGAUUCUCACAUAAGGUGUGAAUUUUACUAAUGCGUUCAUAAUCUAUGCUUUGUAGCAACAUUUUUCAAAUGUUUAAAAUGCUAAAUCUUCUCAAUUUUCCAAUCUUUUCUUGAAUCUAUUAGAUACCUAUAGUUACUGAAAAGCUGGGUAACAAAUACACCUAGUUAGAAAUGGCACUGCUUUAUAAAAGGCACUAAAGACGAGACUAUUUCUAUACUUAAAUGCUGCUGGCAAGUGAAUUCCUUUGUAUAUAAAUGAAAGAUACCAUUCAUUAAGAUGAAAGACUUGUUUUAAGUGUGGUUCUUACAUUUCAUUCAUGAUAGAGUAAAUGGCUUUAUAAUUACUUUAAAAUUUAACUCACUAGUGUAUU